CGGAAAGGUUGAGAAAAAGCUCCUUGGAAAUCGUGACACUAGCGGUGCAAAAUGACCGGUCUGAGGACUGCCGGGUGUUGUCCUUCGUGAAAGAAACAACGUGUCGUGGUGGGGGAAUAGGUGAUGAUGAACAUGCUCACACGACGAGAUGGACUACUUCCUCCCCCGAUCAGAGAGGACAUCAACCGUUGGCAACAGCACGAGCGAAAACACACAAUGCUGCUGGAAAGACGAGGACUACAAGUUUAUUUCUUGCCCAUCAUGCAGAAGCAAAUCAAGCAGGGGACGUCGAGGAGCAACGGCUCUUACUAUCUUCUCACAAGCAACUACACAUCAACAACGAGGUCGUCGUGUCCCGCCACCUCCUUGGCAGAAGAAGUACUUCUACCACGACACUAUCGUCCAGUAUGCUUCUACAAAACCGCGAGCUGGC